UGCCACAAAAAGUGUCACUGCACAGUGGCACUAACCGUGGCACGGCGGCGGUGCCACAAAAAGUGUCACUGCACAGUGGCACUAACCAUGGCACCACGGCGGUGCCACAAAAAGUGUCACUACUAGCUGCCAGUGCCACAAAUCGGUCUUGCCCCUACUGCAAUUUUGGCAUGAAACUGUGGAUAUUAUGAAAUUUACACUUUUUUACACAAAUUCCAAAAACAAAUUACGCAAACAUAAGUAACAUGUAUAAACAAACCAACCAACAUGAGUUUAUGGUAAAUUGUUACAAGGGCUGCAAGUAACAAUUUUCUUUAUAAGUCUGCCAGUUGUUUUCUACAAUAAUUGAUUAAAUGUUGAUGACAUCCACAAAUGUCAUGCUUUGUCAACAACCUGAAGAAGUUUACUGUCACAGAGGAGGAAAGAACCCCUAAUAUAUUCAGAGAAUUUUGACUUUUAUUCUUUAAAAGAAUGCUCAAAAUGAUUAAUCAGUUAUCAAAAUUAUAGAUAAAUUGAUAGUUGACAACUCAACUUAGGGUAUUAUGAGCUGAACAGUUUUGGAAUCCUUGUAAUGAAAUGGGUUUAAAUGAUUUAUCUGCAAUCUUUAACAUAUUCCUCAAGGAACAAAAACUCAACGCGUUUGUGAUUCGUUAAAAUUCCUCAUGUAAUUCAGGGAUCGGUUAUGCCGAUUUGGAGAAUCGUGUCCCAUGUACCCCAGAAACAGUGAUGCGAAUUGCCAGCAUCAGCAAGCCCCUCACAUCUGCAGCUGCUGCACGACUGUGUGAGCAGGGGAAGCUCAAUCUUGACGUCCCAGUGCAGACAUACGUCCCAGAGUUUCCCCAGAAACAAUUUGAUGGACAAGAUUGGUAUACGGCAUUAUGAGAAGGAUGCAAACAAAGUGAAGGAGGACAAGGAGAAAGCUAAGCGCCUUUUAAAGCCACCUGUUAAAGAGAAAGGGGAUCGGAAGAGCUCAUCAGAAAACAAAGAUAAAACCACAACAGAUCAGAACGCGAAAGGCAAAGAUACGAGUCAGGCUCAGAAGAAGAAAGAGUUUGAGCAUGAAGAGUACUACUUGAAGGACAACUUUGAAAAUGUCAUUCAGGCUUUGGACCUUUUUAAAGACGACCCGCUCAUUUUCAAACCUGGCACAACUUUCCUGUACUCCACUCACGCCUUCACCCUGCUCAGUGCUGUUAUGGAGCGAGCUGCUAACCUACGCUUCCUGGAUGUCAUGAUGGACAUGUUUCGUGAGCUGGGGAUGCUCAAUACACUGCCUGAAGAGAAUGAGCCAAUUAUUUACCACCGUGCAAGAUUUUAUCAUCACAGCAAGAGAGGACGUGUUGUGAACUGCCCCUAUGUAGACAACUCCUACAAGUGGGCAGGAGGCGGCUUCCUUUCCACCGUGGGAGACCUGCUGCUGUUCGGUAACGCUCUGCUCUACAGCUACCAGGUGGCCAGCCUGAAGGACACUAAGGGCUUACUUCCUGGCUUCCUCAAGCCCAAAACAGCCAUUGAACUGUGGGCACCAGUUGACAAGACAGAGGCCAGCUGGGACAAGGAUGGACUGUACGCCCAAGGCUGGCUGGUAGUGGAGCAACUGCAGAAAUACGGCGAGUGCAGGAAGCGCAGGCACUACGUGUCGCACACAGGGGGCGCUGUGGGGGCCAGCAGCGUCCUUCUGGUGCUGCCCGGUGAGGAAACAAACCAAGCACAGCCCCCCGUCCUUCCACGAGGAGUAGUGGUCACCAUCAUAGUAAACAUGCAGUCUGUGGGGCUCAACAGCACAGCCCUGAAAAUUGCUCACGAGUUUGACAAAGCCAGAAGUGUGAGAGAGUGAGGUGUUUACAGAGAUGUGCCAGUUUAGUGAGAAGCAUUUCAGAUAAAUGUCGUGAUCUUGUGUAAUUUUGAUACAGUUUUUCAAAUUGUGUGGAGUGGAUUUUUUUAAUGAAAUAAAUGUUGUCAUGUAUUUUAUGUA